UCUCUCACACACUCAUCCUGCAUCAGUCUAUGACAUUCUUUCUCUCAGGUUGAAACACCUGUAAAAUAAUAGUAGGUCAGAUAAUGAGAUAACGAUCAGGUUAUUAUUCUGAAAUUGCACAUAAACACAUGAUACAUUUGGAGCUGGAUGUUGUUGCUCAAGGCCUGUCAGCUUAUUCAGGUUCAGUAAUCAGAUCAUUUAAGGAAAUUUCUCAAGUUUCUCAAGUUUUUUAACCAGUUCUUCAUUACAGCUGCAAGCAUUUUAUACUGCAGCUCUGAGAAAGGAACAGAAUCCGGACUGGGACUCGAUUUGAUACGACUGGCAAUUGAAAAAAAAAAGAGAGAAUAUUGAAUGGUGACAAGAUCAGAUCCCAACACUGCCACGCUGCCACUGCCGGGCCCCUGAGUAAGUCCCCUAACCCUUUCCUGCUCAGGGAUGCGUGUGAUUGCAUUCAGGACGUGAGGGAGUGUGAGCAAGCUGAACAGACAGGAACAAACCGCGUCUCUCCAAUAAGCCGUCAUCGUUCAGCCUUGAUAAGGUGUCCACCAUGUCUCCAGUGUCUCAUGCCCAGCGGCUGAAGUUCACUGCUCUGGGGGUUUUAGUUCUCCAGACCACCUCGCUGGUCCUGACCAUGCGCUACUCACGCACUCUUAGUUCCGAGGGGCCGAAAUACCUCGCGUCUUCCGCCGUGGUCUUCUCCGAGAUACUGAAGCUCCUCACCAGCACCAUGCUUGUCUUCCACAGCAGCAGUUUCAGUGUUCGAGGCCUGAAUCAGGUGCUGAAGGAGGAGAUCAUCGAUAAACCCUUAGACACCAUGAAGCUGGCGAUUCCGUCGGGAAUCUACACGCUGCAGAACAACCUGCUCUACGUGGCUCUGUCCAACCUGGAUGCUGCGACGUACCAGGUGACAUAUCAGAUGAAGAUCCUCACCACCGCUCUGUUCUCCGUGUCCAUGCUCGGGAAGAGACUUCGGAUCCUCCAGUGGCUCUCAUUACUCGUCCUAACGACAGGCAUCGCCUUUGUACAGUGGCCCUCACCGUCUCGCUCCAGCUCUGAGAAGGAGGAGGUGGUUGUGGCUUCACAGUUAAUGGGUGUCCUCGCUGUGCUGUCCGCCUGCUUCUCCAGUGGCUUCGCUGGCGUUUACUUUGAGAAGAUCCUUAAAGAGAGCAGCCAGAGCGUCUGGAUACGCAACAUCCAGCUGGGUUUGUUUGGUCUUAUCUUUGGCUUAAUCGGAGUGUUUGUGCAAGAUGGGGAUAAGGUCUGGGAGAAUGGACUUUUACAGGGUUAUAAUGGCGUGACCUGGACUGUGGUGGUUCUACAGGCUUUGGGUGGCUUGAUUGUGGCAGCGGUCAUCAAAUACGCAGAUAACAUCCUAAAGAGCUUUGCUACAUCUGGCUCCAUCAUGUUAUCCACGCUCAUCUCUUACUUCUGGCUGCAGGACUUUAAUCCCACCAGUUUGUUCUUCGUGGGUGCUGCAUUGGUCAUCAUAGCCACAUUCCUUUAUGGGUAUGACUGGAGAUCUGGUGUAAACCCUAGGACAAGGAAUGAUGUGUGAGCAUGACAUUCUGAGGUGAAGAAGAAGGAAGAGGAAAAGAGUGUAUGAAGAUAAAAGGUGUGAUGGCAUAGGUGAUAGUAAAGUAUUAAAGCGUUGAUGCUGAUGUGAAGUGUUUUUGGCAGAGACUGCAACUGCAGCGUGAAAGAUACACUUCCAUUUCAAAGUUCACAUUAAAUGGUAAAUGAAGGAUUCUGGUAUUUUUUUACCGGAGCAACACUGAGGAACACUGCGAGGAACACUGUGAGGAACACUGUGCCUGUUGUUUAAUCAUCAGUCUGAUGGUCUCUUUUUCUCCUGGACUGCAAUAAAAGCCAGAGGCUGUUACUUUUCAA